CGCUCGCCCUUUCCAGCCCGAUCUCGCCCUCGGCCCGGGCGCGGGCAGGGCAGGCGCCCCCGGGGAGGCGGAGCGGUAGAUAUGGUGUAAGACAUUUCUUCAAGGCUGGACAGCUGAGGACCUGUUAUUUCUGAUUAGCCUUAAGCAGACUUAUAGCCAUAGAGAAACAUCACGGAGUUUCAUAUUUUGCUUUCUGCUUUACAUCUUUCCUGGCACCUAAAUCCAUCUUGCAACCAUGUAUGGAAGUGCUCGCUCAGUUGGGAAGGUGGAACCAAGCAACCAGAGCCCUGGGCGUUCACCAAGGCUUCCACGUUCUCCUCGCCUGGGUCAUCGACGCACCAAUAGUACAGGAGGGAGUUCUGGAAGCACUGUUGGAGGUGGCAGUGGGAAAACCCUUUCAAUGGAGAAUAUCCAAUCCUUAAAUGCUGCCUAUGCCACAUCUGGCCCUAUGUAUCUAAGUGAUCAUGAAAACGUGGGCUCAGAAACCCCUAAAAGCACCAUGACACUUGGCCGUUCUGGGGGACGUUUGCCUUAUAGUGUUAGGAUGACUGCUAUGGGCAGUAGCCCCAAUAUAGCUAGUAGUGGGGUUGCUAGUGACACCAUAGCAUUUGGAGAGCAUCACCUCCCUCCUGUGAGUAUGGCAUCCACUGUACCUCACUCUCUUCGUCAGGCCAGAGAUAACACAAUCAUGGAUCUGCAGACACAACUGAAGGAAGUGUUGAGGGAAAACGAUCUUUUGCGGAAGGAUGUGGAAGUAAAGGAAAGCAAACUGAGUUCUUCAAUGAAUAGCAUCAAGACCUUCUGGAGCCCAGAGCUGAAGAAAGAACGAGCCCUGAGAAAAGAUGAAGCUUCCAAAAUUACUGUUUGGAAGGAGCAGUACAGAGUUGUGCAGGAGGAAAACCAGCACAUGCAAAUGACAAUCCAGGCUCUCCAGGAUGAAUUGCGGAUCCAAAGGGACCUGAACCAGCUGUUUCAGCAGGAUAGUAGCACUAGGACUGGUGAGCCUUGUGUAGCAGAGCUGACAGAGGAGAACUUUCAAAGGCUACACACUGAGCAUGAGCGGCAGGCCAAAGAGCUGUUUCUUCUCCGAAAGACCUUGGAGGAAAUGGAGCUUCGUAUCGAGACCCAGAAGCAAACCCUAAAUGCGAGGGAUGAAUCCAUUAAGAAACUCCUAGAGAUGUUGCAGAGCAAAGGACUUUCUGCUAAAGCCACUGAGGAAGACCAUGAGAGAACGAGACGCCUGGCAGAAGCAGAGAUGCACGUCCACCACCUAGAAAGCCUUUUGGAGCAGAAGGAAAAAGAGAACAAUAUGUUGAGAGAGGAGAUGCAUCGGAGAUUUGAGAAUGCCUCUGAUUCUGCCAAAACAAAAGCUCUGCAAACUGUUAUUGAAAUGAAGGAUUCAAAAAUUUCUUCUAUGGAACGUGGGCUCCGAGACUUGGAAGAAGAAAUUCAGAUGCUAAAAUCUAAUGGGGCUUUGAGCACUGAAGAACGAGAGGAAGAAAUGAAGCAAAUGGAAGUCUAUCGGAGCCAUUCUAAAUUUAUGAAAAAUAAGGUAGAGCAACUGAAGGAGGAACUAAGUUCGAAAGAGGCUCAAGGGGAGGAGCUGAAAAAGAGAGCGGCUGGUCUCCAGGCUGAGAUUGGUCAGGUGAAGCAGGAGCUAUCUAGAAAGGACACAGAACUACUCGCCCUACAGACAAAGCUAGAAACACUCACGAACCAGUUCUCAGACAGUAAGCAACACAUCGAAGUGCUGAAGGAGUCCUUGACUGCUAAGGAGCAAAGGGCUGCCAUCCUACAGACGGAGGUGGAUGCUCUUCGAUUGCGUUUGGAAGAGAAAGAAACCAUGCUGAAUAAGAAGACAAAACAAAUUCAGGAUAUGGCCGAGGAGAAGGGAACUCAAGCUGGAGAGAUCCAUGACCUCAAGGACAUGCUGGAUGUGAAGGAGCGAAAGGUUAACGUUCUUCAGAAGAAGAUUGAAAAUCUUCAAGAGCAACUUAGAGAUAAAGAAAAACAAAUGAGCAGCUUGAAAGAACGAGUCAAAUCCUUGCAGGCGGACACCACCAACACCGACACUGCCUUGACAACUUUGGAGGAGGCCCUUGCAGAGAAAGAGCGGACAAUUGAACGUUUAAAGGAGCAGCGGGACAGAGAUGAACGAGAGAAGCAAGAGGAAAUUGAUAACUACAAAAAAGAUCUUAAGGACUUGAAAGAAAAAGUCAGCCUAUUACAAGGCGAUCUUUCAGAGAAAGAGGCUUCACUCUUAGAUCUGAAAGAGCAUGCUUCUUCCCUGGCUUCCUCAGGACUGAAAAAGGACUCACGGCUUAAGACACUAGAGAUUGCUUUGGAGCAGAAGAAGGAGGAGUGUCUGAAAAUGGAAUCACAGUUGAAAAAGGCACAUGAAGCAACUUUAGAAGCCAGAGCCAGUCCUGAGAUGAAUGAUCGAAUACAGCAAUUAGAGAGAGAAAUUGCCAGGUACAAAGAUGACUCUAGCAAGGCCCAGGCAGAAGUUGACCGUCUCUUGGAAAUCUUGAAGGAAGUGGAAAAUGAGAAGAAUGACAAAGAUAAGAAGAUUGCUGAGUUGGAAAGGCAAGUGAAAGACCAGAAUAAGAAGGUGGCAAAUCUGAAGCACAAGGAGCAGGUGGAAAAGAAGAAAAGCGCUCAGAUGCUGGAGGAGGCUCGGCGAAGGGAGGACAAUCUCAACGACAGCUCCCAGCAGCUGCAGGACAGUCUCCGUAAGAAGGAUGACAGGAUUGAAGAACUGGAAGAAGCACUAAGAGAAAGUGUACAGAUAACUGCAGAGCGAGAAAUGGUGCUCGCACAAGAGGAAUCAGCCAGGACCAAUGCUGAAAAACAGGUGGAGGAGUUACUGAUGGCCAUGGAGAAAGUAAAGCAGGAACUGGAGUCCAUGAAAGCAAAAUUAUCCUCUACUCAGCAGUCUCUGGCAGAAAAGGAAACUCAUUUGACCAAUCUUCGGGCAGAGAGAAGAAAACACUUGGAAGAAGUUCUGGAGAUGAAGCAGGAAGCUCUUCUGGCUGCCAUUAGUGAAAAAGAUGCCAAUAUAGCUCUUUUGGAACUUUCGUCAUCUAAGAAGAAGACCCAAGAGGAAGUGGCUGCACUAAAGCGGGAGAAGGAUCGUCUGGUGCAGCAGCUCAAGCAGCAGACACAAAAUCGAAUGAAGCUAAUGGCCGACAACUAUGAGGAUGACCAUUUCAAAUCCUCCCAUUCCAAUCAAACCAACCAUAAGCCCUCCCCAGAUCAGAUCAUCCAGCCCCUCUUAGAACUUGACCAAAAUAGAAGCAAAUUAAAGUUGUAUAUUGGACACCUGACAGCCCUCUGUCAUGACCGUGACCCCCGGAUCCUUCGUGGACUGAUUCCACCAGCUUCCUAUGACUUGGACGAUGACCAGGCAGCUUGGGAGAAUGAGCUGCAGAAGAUGACCCAGGAACAGCUUCAGAAUGAAUUAGAGAAAGGUGAGCGGGACAAUGCAGAACUGCAGGAGUUCGCCAAUGCCAUUCUCCAGCAGAUAGCAGAUCACUGCCCCGACAUCCUGGAGCAGGUGGUCAAUGCUUUGGAAGAGUCAUCUUGACCCUGCUUCGUGGAGAGUGCCCAGCCCAGCAGCCCGAGAUCAUGAACCUAGUAGCCAAGGAAGGAGAUGACAAGGAAUAGACAUCCGGAAACUUCUUGGCACGAAACAAACACUACAAACUCUAUCCUAACUUGCUUAGUCCUUCAAGUGUGAUUCCAGCACCAUUUCUACAUCUGUCCUCCUGCUCUGCCUUCCUGCUUUGGAUGUGGUCUCAGCACUAAUUUUCUUGAUAUCCAGGAUGGGUGAGUAAGUGGCCAAGUCUUCACAAAGAGCUGCCAUCGGUCAUCAACAGUGUAAACUAUAGAAGCUGGUGGCUCUGCCCUUGGAGAGGGACUUGGAGUAGAGCCCUCCUGCCUUUGUCCUCGAUGUGCAAACUCAAUCUGGAAUCUACUUGGACUUCAACAAAUUGAGAGAAUGCUUCUCAAUGGACCAGAGAGCUGAGUGUUCUAAUAUCACAACAGGUGCUUUCUCCUAAAAGGGUAAAAAAAAAAAAAAAAAAUUUCAAGAAGAGAGUAUUAGAAAAAGAGGGGAAGAGAGAACAGGAACUCUUUUUACUGUCUCUUUUGUUUACUUUUCACGUGUAAUGUUUUGUGCUGGGGAGCUGCACGCAGGCCCGGUGGUGGCUUAGAAAACACUAAUAUCCCAGCCCUGUCUGUCUCACUCACCUUGCUCUUCUCCUCAAACAGAUAGAGGAUGGUGUGAAGAGUCCCCCCCCCCCCACCCUUGCCCCUCUUUUUCCCUCCCUUUGACCUUAUUAUACGUAAGUUGGUAAGUUUGUCAGAUCACGUGUCUCUAAGGAGAAGAGGGAUUUGACAUGAGUUGCUGUUGUCACCAACUGCAGCUCUGCUUCGGUGGGAGAUGACGCUCCUGGGGUCAGUCUGGUUUCUCCUGAACAUAUCCCUCAUCUGCACGCUAGGUCUCUGAGCCCCAAAAGAAUACUUCUGCCUUUCCAUCACCUAUUCUUGCAGCCCCCUGGUCGCUGACGCUUAUGACCCACUUCCUACCCGUCUAGCUUUCUUCUUGACUUCCUUUUCUGGAACCUCAGCUCUGUGCAUUGUCUGGAACCUCCUCCUGGCACAAAUGAAUGUUUCUCAUCCCACACACAUUCCUUCCUCCAUUUGUUCAUUCGUGAAAUGCCUACUGUCUGCAAGUCGCUAGUAGGCACCGGCCUUGGAAAGGCUCUCAGUGAGGGAGAGGUCUGAGGUUCUGUAAGAUACCUGGCUGAGUCAAAACAGUAAAAGACAUGCUCUUUCCCUCCCCCAUCUUCAUAGACGGUAUCUUUUCUAGAAAAAUCUUUCACAAAUCGGCCUCUCUCAUUUCUCAUUUUAAUUGGCAGGGGCUUGAAUCUUUCACCUGUCUGCAGCAUCCCAUUUGGUAAUUCAGGAGUUUUGUUUGUUGUUAUUGAACUGAAAGAGUGUACUGUUUAGGGGACUAUGAUGGUGGGUGGUGGUCUCUUAACAUAUCUGUAGCCCCUUCAUGAUAUGUGGCCAGCUCCAUGUUGCGAGUCAGAAAAUUGACUGCCAAAAUUGCAGAUCCAGUUGAAGAUACUGGCAUUUUGAAGGGCCUUCUUCCCAAGCUUAGACAAUGACAGCCAUAAAUAAUCAGGCACCAAGAAGUACACCACUUAGCUCAAACCUAGCCCUUUGACCACCACUCUGGCUAGACACCACCAGACAUGUCUUCUGAUAAGAGUUGCUGGCUAAAUAUUUUUGUCUUACAUUUUCUUCUUUCCCCUUCCCUAGUUACUCACCUACAGAAUCUGAUGCUGCCUGUAAAGUCAUCAGAGCCAUCAGUCUGGUAUCUUCCCACCAGCAGCCCUUGACUGUCCAUUAACUUAUAUGGUCAAAUCUCCAGCUGCCCUGAUUCCCGGCUGUAAAACUAUCUCUCCCUGUGAGAAGCUGUGGAGUGUUCCUUAUCAAGGUUUAAAUGGAUUCUACUCAUAAACUCCUUACUGAGAUGCUUUCUGAUAGCCAGGCUGGCUAGAGGGUGGUCAGGGGUUAGAGAGUAAGGGUUGCUCAUGGUCAAUUGCCUCAAUUCCAUUUAUUUAUUGCACUGCCCAUAAAUCAUGUAGAAAGUACCCAGUAUUUUAGGGCUGAAGUAUUAGAAUCUCACUUUAUCUACCAUAAUUCAAAGAACUGAGGUAGAUAACUAGCCCUUCAUAGGACUAGAGCAGAGCAACCCAGAAAGUCGAAGAGGCUGUGCCCAGAGAAGCAGCCUGGCCUGACUGUCUGGUCUGACAGGGGAAGACAGCACCAGGCCUCCCUGGCUCUCACCAACUUGGCCUUUUCCAUCGAAUACAACACCUGCUGUUCCUGCCCACUUAGUGGUGACUCUCACUGUGCCCCCUUCCUUCCCCUUAUCAUUGCAACCCUUCCUGUAACUUCCCCUCCAAAUCCUUGCGGAUGUGCUCUGGACAAGUGUUUCAGAGAAGAAAAACUGGUGGGGCAGACACCAUCUGUCUGGUCUCUGUGAACCAAAGCAAGGAAUCUCCUUGACCCUUCUCCGGUGGUCAUCCUGGCAUCUCAGAUGAUUCUGGAGACUGGUCUUAGAGGAAAGUAGGCCCUGGCUAAAGUCUAAUCAUGAACAUGGCUGGCUUUUAUAUGAUAGAGCAAAGUUAAUACGGCUUCUAGCAUUUAGAAUAUCUUCCUGAGUUGAUCAUUCAUUGAGCUGACAUUUACUAAAUGCACAGUUUCCAUCACAUCAGGACUUGGCAUCCCAUGAUCCACUUCUGGUUCUCAUGGUUUCACAAAGUCACACAACUGCUGCCGAAGGUCUGGAGCCUUGAAGACCAAUGCAGUUUGCCUGUAAUGCUCCCCACACUCUUCAUUCCACUGUCAAGUCUAGCUGCCCUUUAUUUUUUUUUUUUAAGGAUUUAUUUAUUUAUGCAUACAAGAGCUGGGGUGUAGGCGAGAGGUGCGAGAGUGAGAGGUCCCACCAGAGACAGGAUGAGGAGCAGAACAGGCAGAUUGACUGAAAUACACUGCUGAGGGGAGCAGCAGGCAAGACGGGAGAGGCCUGCCGCACCAUGUGGGUCACCUCCAUGGCGGGGGAUUGAACUCGUGCUGCAGUGGCUGUGGACAGCUUCAUAGUGCUGAGGCUUAACCCCUUGCACAUACACCAGUGAGGCCCCUAGUUGCCCUUUAGCAUAUAAAGAUAAAUACCCCAAAUCAAGCUCACAAAAAAGUUGUCAAGAAGAAGGGGUGGCAUCCCACUUGGGGCUUAUGACUAAAAAAAUGUGCUUUCUCGUCUUUUCAUAUACCUCUAUCCCAGGAACUUACUGAGUUCUUGAUGAAGUAUCUGGAUUGAGAUUCGCUAGCACUUGGACACCAUUUGAGAUAGAAAGCUUUUAAAUGGGCUUUAACAUACUAAGAUGUGAAUGACUAUGCCCAAAUCCAUCUCAGUUCUGACCUAUCACCUUCUACCUUACCAUGUAAAGAUCUAAAUGUUUCUCUCGCUCUUUCCUUACACUUGGACUCUAGCAAAACUAGCAAAGCAGACUGAACCCAAGACCGUGGCCCACGGUGGGACUUGGUGCUUUUGUCCGUAGAAGUCUGGUUGUCCGUGAGGAACUCCUUGAACUCACCCAUUCCUCUGAGAGAGAGAAGGAAGAAGUCAUCCCAAGUUUCAGUCAGCUGCUGAACUAAUCCUUCUCCCCUGCAGAUGGUCAGGACUGACAUUUAGAUUUGCUGCUAGAAUCCCGCUGACCCCAGAACCAUCCUGCCCUCCUGUUUGACCCUAUUACGUAAGCCGAGGCCUGCUGGCUGCCCUCCGGAUCUUUGAGGAAAGAGCAAAUGGAGGAUGUUACCACGUGGCAGUGGGCCUCACACGGCACUUUCUUGGUCUCAGCGGGCCCUGUGUCAGCAGUGUCUGCCGCCAGCGUCGCCUCCCCACCUGUGAGAGGUCAAAACGUGGAAAAGAGAUAAGAAGAGAGAAUAGAUGCAGAGGGGCACACUGCAAAGCCUGCAAGGCCGACCCAUCCAUCACUGCCAGUCCCUGGGCGUCUCAGGACGGUGACUUGAAACAUUCAAAAAAAUAUGUGUGUGUGUGUGUUUUAAAUUGGAAUUUUCCCCGUGUGAACUAAGGGGAUGUUUGGGCAAGAGAAGCUACCCGCGAUAGGGAAAUCCUUCUGAACAAAAUGGCUGUCUUACUCUUUUUAAGCAAAAACUGUUUCCAAACUUUUUAGUGUCAAAACUGUAACCAAGUGUCUCCUGAUUUUUUUCCAAUGUGUUUGGCGAGUGCUGUGACCCUGUUGUAGGUAUUUCUCCUCCCGAGUCUUUUGGGGGAGAGGUGGUUUUAGGGAUUGAUUUGGGGGAGCAGAUUUUUGUCCCCCUCCACCUCCUCUUUUGUUUCUCUGCUUGUCGAUAUUGUCCAGUGUGGUUCAGAGAAUCGGGGCAGUUACAUUGUGUCCAUUGUUGAGAUGAUUAAGAUAUUAAAAAGUAGUUGUAGAACUGAAAACUUAAAGAGCUGUGUUUAAAAACAUGCAAAACCAAUAUCAUGUUGUUAAAGGAAUUCAAGCUACGAGGCAGCCAAACUCCCCUCCUCCGAAGCUGGCUUAGGUGGCGACUGGGCUAGCCGCUUGGGGAACAGGGACCACCGUGCAGGUAGGUGGCUUCCAGGUUUAAGAGACAUCUGCUCAGCAGAAGCCACAGGCUGUGGGGGCUCAGAGGAUGCGCCCAUUUUCACACACAUCCUCAGGACCCCUGAGCAGAGGCCGUAAAGUCUGGCCCAUGACCACCCUCACCCCCACAUUGGUCCCAGCUCAGUGUGCCUAAUACUGUGUGGUAACCUGGGCUUGACUCUGAAGCCCACACCUGGCGGCGGCCCUGCACAGGUCUCAGAACCUCCUUCCUGCCCCCUUGGUGCUAUAUCAUCCAGUGACCCUUCCAAUACGGGCCAACCACUGGCCAGCCUGGGGCCUGCCAUCCAGGUGAAUGAAUUAUACUCAGAUCUCAUUUCCUCCUGGCUUGGGUCCUUGGAGUCUUUCCCUUGAACCUUCUUAGAGCCCAGAUCUCCCAGCCCAGGCUGUCUCUCGGCCCCAGAGACACCAUGGUCAGGAAAGGAGGUGAACCCUGCCGAAGCCAGAGAAGGCACCCUGGGCCGAGCCAGCCCUGUGAGCCUGGCCCUCUCCACACCACACCAGUAUUGCAUUCAUCCUCUGAUGCAGCUAGACCUGCCUGGGGGCCACCCACCAUGCCUUCUGGCCUGCUGCCCCAUGCACGACUAGCCUGGGUACCUGCCGAGCACAUCAGGACACCAGGAUGGAGACUUGGGGUCUCCCUGGGAUGCGCUCCCCUCUGCUUCGGGAGGAAGCACUGCACUUUAGGAGGCACUGAGGAGCACUGGGGACUGACUCCUUGCAGCUUGAGUUCCUUUUGGUGACUGUCGCAGCCGCAACGGUGGUGUCUGAUGCAAAUGCACCUGCUGCCUUCAACUGUGUGUGUGUGUGCGUGCGCGCGUGCGUGUGUACGAUGGCUGGAGCCGUGUUACCGACAGGAUAAUGACAUUACAAAGAAAUUGUGUUAUAGUCAACUUGGCCUUGAUAAUUAUUGUAAACACUUUGUUCAUUUUUCUUUUGUAUUCACAAACUAAAUCCAUCAGGAAAUUAUAAAGUUAUUUAAAAUUGUGCACUGUGUCUCU